AUGACAAAAUAUUUAUCAUUUUGCAGCAAGGGGUCAAUUGUCAACAACAUUGAGCUUGCAUUUAGCUCAACAUCAAGUGAAAACAACACAGAUGUUGCUGAUGUCUUGAUUAAUGCAGGAUCAAACAUCACAGAAUUCACCAUUGACAAAAACUCCAUCACUGUGCUUGAUGAAACUAUUCUUUCAUUAACAACUACCCAAGCUGACACACUAGCAACUACCCCAGUGACACUUUUACCUGUGCCUCCAAAUACAUCCACUGUCCAAGUCACUUCUUUAAGAACCAUUGAAACAUCUCAAACUGUAGGAACACCAGAAGUUAAUACACCUCAGAAAGCUACAAACACACCUUCAUCACCUUUAUCUGUACCAACAAUUGAAAAUGUUAAAACAACAACAACCACAUCAGCAACUGCUGCAUUUGACAAAACAACAACACAAGUGAUUUCUUCAACAACCCCUAAAGCCAUAUCGAGCUCAGUAACACAAGAACAUACCAUAACUUCUACACCUAUAGCUACAUUGGCUUCAAUAACAAAGCAAACGGGUAUUGCAACUGCUGGGGCUUUAACCACAUUAGAAAACCCAAGUACAUCAACAACCACAAUGGGCAUAAAUACAACAGAAAAUAGGUCUCCAUCCACAAUUAAAACUACCGUUACCACUCUGCCUAUAGAAAACACCACACCUUAUCUACAAUCAAACGGGCUCACAUCAGCUUCUCCUUCACCAACGAAAGAAGAUUUUGCCAAAACAAUCAACAUUACAUCAACCACCUUUGAAGCUGAAAAGACAAAUGCAGCUAAAGCUACCUCAACCACAGUACCAGAACAGCAAACUACACUAUACGAAUCAACAAGCAGACCUAUAUUGACUUCCAUUGCUCCAACAAAUAAAUAUGGUGCCACAAACACCACUGCUGCAUCAACCACCGUUGAAGCUGUAAAGACAACUGCAAUAUUUGACCAAUCAACAGUUGAAGUCACUUCUCCAACCACAGCUGAAGCUACCUUCACUACAAUACCAAAAGAACAAACCACACCGUACGAUUCAACAAGCACUGCUAAAUUGACUUCAGCUGCUACAAUAACAAAAGCUGUUGCCACCGCAACCACAGCUCCCUCAUCGACCUUUGAAGCUUUAGAAACAACCGCAAUAUUUGAAAAAACGACCGUUGAAGUCACUUCUCCAACAACUGAAGACACCUCCACUAAAGCAAAGCUACCUCGAGUAAAGUACCAACAGAGCACACAUCACCUGCCGAACAAACAAGCACAGCUGAAUUGA